AUGACUAUUUGGCUUGUCCCUCUAGAAGGAAACCCCGAGGUGCUCAACAAGUAUAUUUACAAGUUGGGAGUAUCGAAGAAAUGGAAUAUUGUCGAUAUCUUAAGUCUAGAACCAGAAAUGCUUGAAUGGGUCCCUCAACCAGUAAAGGCUGUGAUCAUUCUCUUUCCCUGCUCAGAUGCGUAUCAUGCUCAUCGAGACAAGGAGAGCGCCGAAUUGAAAGAAAGUCCGCAAACUCAUCCUCCGGACUUGUUCUUCAUGCAGCAGACGAUCAGAAAUGCUUGCGGAACGAUUGCUCUCGUCCACAGCAUCGCCAAUUGUGAUGUGGAGCUGGAAGAUGAUGGAACAAUUACCAAGUAUCUCAAUAAAACCCGAGGAUUGUCCCGAGAGGAGCGCGGUAAAAUUCUCGAAGAAGACGAGGAGUUCAUCAAAAUUCACAAGGAAGUCGCUCAGAAGGAUCAAACCGAAGCGCCAGAUCCGCAUGAUAAGGUCGAUCACCACUUCGUGGCGUUGGUCAACAAGGACGGCCAAUUGUACGAAUUAGAUGGGUGCAAGGACUUUCCGGUGAAGCACGGCGCUACUUCGGACACCGCUUUUCUCCAGGACGCAGUCAAAGUGUGCAAAGUCUUCAUGCAGCGCGAUCCUGAAGAAGUUCGCUUCAGCGUAAUCGCAUUGACUGCCACACAUGAUUGA